GUUGACAAUCGGAGGAUCCCACUGCCUUGCCAGAUGACGGCGGUGCCCGCUGUCGAGCCAAAUGGACCCUGAUAGCCUGGUGACCCGAUGCCCGCUGUCCAGCCAUGAACCAUACCAAUGGUUGUACCGGCGCCCAGUGCCUGCUCAUCCGCCCUGAGGGCCCGAGACACUGUCGCUCCGCCUGGGGGUCCGGCGCCUGCCGCUCCGCCUGAGGGCCCGAGACCCUGUCCGCUCCACCUGGGCGUCCGGCGCCCGCACGCUCCGCCUGAGGGCCCGAGACCUGUCGCUUCGCUCCGCCUGGGGGAUCCGGCGCCCGCCCCUUUCAUUGAGAAUAGCACUAGUCACCGCCUGGGGUGCUAGGGCGGGGGGUGGGGGGGGGCGGUGUAGCCUGUAUCGCCACCGCCCUGAGUGGGGCCCGUGUGCCUGUCCGGCCCCCGCCUGGGGCACCGGAUGCCUGUCGCACCCGCCUGAGGUGGCGCCGGUGCCUUGUCUCGCCCCGCCCGGGGGCCCGUGCCUGCCGCCCCGCCGGGGUGCCCGGUGCC